AUGGCACCUAAACGAAAACAAAAUGAAAACAAUGAUGUAAAUCAAACAACUACCAAACGGCGUUUUAGCAAGCGGCUGAGCAAUUUAGCAACAGGUGAUACAUCGACAUUAGCUGCAAGUGAAUUAUCCAAUAAGAAGGAUACAAAAAAGAUGAAUACUAAAUCAAAAUCGUUCUCGAAGAAAAUUCAUGAAGCGAGCGAUUCCAGUGAAACUAACGAUGAAUUGGUAAUCGAUGAAAUGAAUUCUAUUGACAAUACAGAUUCAAUGAGUGUGGGAUCAGCUAACGCCGCAAAACCAAAUGAAGCUUCAUCUUCAUCGAUGGAUCAUUCGUCUGCAUCGGCAAACAAUGGCACUCAGUUGAGAUCUUCCACAUGUCAUCCCGUUAGCAUAAAUGAUGACGACGAAGAGGAUGAAUUUCGUCGAAUGUUCAUGUCAACGACACCGAAGGUAACCAGUCACAAUUACAGCUCAACACCUUUGAAUGUAUCAAGAAAAACCGAUAAGUGCGCAUAUUUUGUAAUAGUCAAAAUCGUAUUUUGUGUUUCUGAACGUUGUAUGGGUAACAGAUCCAUUGGAAAUUCUUCUACGGUAUAUUGUGUGCCAGAUACUCCACAUAAUCAAUUGUCGAACACAACAAAUAAUCCUCUAAAUUCUUCCAGUACAAAUUCAAAAAUUAUGAACACGACAAACAAUUCUUGUGCAUACGACGCUGCACCGCAAAGUCAAGGUUCACCUUUGAAUCGAUCAAUAACCGCAAUGUUCUUUGGUCCAAAAGAGAUUCCAUUACUCGAAACUUUUCCGGAGUAUCGAAAGCUCUUCCGAGACUGCGAACGUGUAAAGAAAGAAAACGAGACUUGGUCGAAAGAUUAUCAAGCACUAACCAACAGAAUGAGACGACUUGAACAAACUACUUUUCCUCGACCAACUGCCGAUGGAUACGCAUUCAUCGAGCAAUUGAUGCAAUCCCUCAAUAAUAGUCGUCGCGACGAGGAUACUAGAACCAAUACCGAAUUAGCACGUGAUUUCGGUAUGACCGAAGCUACACUCAUGUCAUUAUCCAAUACUGAUCCACAAAAAACUGCUUUACGCUUAUUCAAUGCUUUAUUCCCCAGUCAUCAACAGAAAGAAGCGUUGAUUAACGUUGCUCACCUGAAAGUUUUACAUCCAAAUCUGUUGGAUGAUAUACUGGUCUUUGCUCGUCGAUGUUCACCUGGUUGCGGUUAUAACAGUUCCAUGCUGAAAGAAGCUAUUGGCAAUAGCAUCAGAUGCGCACGCCAUCAAAUGCGAAGAAGCAAUGCGCAUCGCAUUGUUGCUGCUGCAGCAGUUCGUCGACCAUCAGUGCAUCGUGCCACGAGUCUUGUUCGGCGCAUUCAGUAA